ACUACACAUCCUACAAUGCAUUGCACAUUGUUACCCAGGAUUCAGUGGUUGAGUAAAAAGCUGUUGCUUGUGAUUACUGAUGGUUUCUUUCCUCUCUUCUCUGCCUUGCUCCUGUGCAGGAGGAUCUCCCUGCCCGAGUCCUUCCUGACAGCAGACAUCAUCCUCAGCACGCUGCAGAACAUCACAGAGGGUCUUGUGGUCUACCCCAAAGUCAUUGAGAGAGACAUCUGCCACGAGCUGCCCUUCAUGGCCACAGAGAACAAUAUUAUGGCGAUAGUGAAGGCAGGAGGCAACAGACAGGAGUGCCACGAGAAAAUCAGUGUUCUCUCCCAAGAGGCAGCAGCUGUGGUUAAACAGGAAGGUGGAGACAAUGACCUGCUGGCCAGAAUCCAGCGAGACCCCUACUUUGCACCCAUUCUAGGGCAGCUGGAUGCUUUGCUGGACCCCAAGACCUUUAUUGGGCGUGCUCCACAGCAGGUGAAAAUCUUCCUGGCUGAAGAAGUACGCCCCCUACUGGAGCCCUAUAAGGCCAAUAUGGCCCUCAAUGUUGAGAAAAGAAAGCAUUAAAAAUGGUGAAAUGUCCACUGCAGCCACUCUGUUUUGUUUUUAUCUUUGAAGUUUACACAGACAGGCCAUGAGACCAGCAUUACUCACACUGACAUUGAAGAACAAUCUAGGUCAGGGGUGUCGAACUCCAGGCCUCAAGGUUUGAGAUAUCACCAUGGGUCAACACACCUGAACGAAAUGACUAGUUCAUUAACAGGCCUCUGGAGAACUUCAAGACAUGUUGAGGAGGUCAUUUAGCCAUUUAAAUCAGCUGUGUUGGAUCAAGGACACAUCUAAAACCUGCAGGACACCAGCCCUUGAGGCCUGGAGUUCGACACCUGUGAUCUAGGUGGUAGUAACGUGAAAUUCCAAGUUAUGUAUAUUCAAACUAAUGUGCUAAAAUUCAGUCAUGGCUCUGCCAUACAGGAAGCUCUGUGAGGGUAUGUCCCUUUUUUUUUUUUUUUUUUUUUUUU